UAUCUGUACACGAGCGAGGCGGACGUCAACGAGGAGAAUGUGAUCGAGCUACUCAUCGUGUGCAACCUCUACAGCAUCCAGCAGCUGCAGGAGCAGUGCGAGAACUACAUCGAGAGCGGCAUUCAGCUCGACAACGUCACCGAGCUCCUGCAGAUGGCACACCAGUUCCAGACGCACCACCUGCGGAGCGUGGCGAUGAAUUACCUGGUGGGCCGGCUCAAGGGCGACUUUAGCAAACUCGAAGGCUUCAGCGAACUCAGCCAGGAUAUCCAGGACGAGUUCAAGCGCGGCAUCCCUUGUCCGGGCGAAAGCCUGAUCAAGGCCAAGAGUGGCGGGUUCCAGGGCAAGCGGUUCUACUUUGUCGUCAUCUCGCGCGACUUCUUCAAGAAGCGCGUACUCAAGGGCGAGGAGAAGUGGGACAUCGUCGUCCAGUUCGAGCCCCACCCCACCGACUCGGCCGCCACCACCACUGCCACCGCAGACCAGGCCGCCAGCAAUGCCGGCAGUGCCGCUGGCGGCGGUGACGAUGCCGACAAAGGGGAUGACAAGGCCGAUGACGUAGCCGACAAGGCCGAGGCAGGCGAGGGCCACCACGACGCCGGUGCUGCGUCAUCGUCGUCUUCGUCGUCAUCGGGCAGUAGUGGCAGCAGCAGUGAUGCAAUGGCCAAGCUCUUCGACUUUGGCCUCCACAGCGGCACGCAGCGUGGUCGGAGGCCGGCCGGCCGACGGAGCCACGCCGGCGGCAUUCCGCUCCGGGGCCGGAGUGACAAGCACCGCACGGCGUCAUCGCCGCUCCUGCCCUUCUCGGCGCCUCUAGGCGCCGCGGCAGCCCCCGCGGCUCCGGCCACGACGCCGACCAGCCCAGCGUCGCCUGUUUCUUUCGACACUUCGCCGGCGUUCGACACCCCGGCAUCGCCUUCGUCACCGUCUUCGUUU